GAAAUUUAGCUAGGCCGUUAAUUUAGAAACGGUACUUGCUUUCCUUUUCUGUGUAUUUUGCUCUCUGCUCUCUGCCCCCUCAAUCGAUCCCUUUUUGGUUUUCACUGUUCCCAUUUAAGGUGAAAAGUAUAAAUUAUUAUUAAAAAAAGGGGAAAAUCCCGCCAAAAUUUUGUGAUCGGGAUUGCCGGCGGCGAAAUGGAAGCGCACGGCUUCGGUCUCCGACGAGUGCUUGUGUUGGCCUUCUGUGUUGCCGGGAUCUGGUCGGCGUACAUUUACCAAGGUGUUCUCCAAGAAACUCUAUCAACAAAGCGAUUUGGUCCGGAUGGGAAGAGGUUUGAGCAUUUGGCAUUUCUAAAUCUGGCACAAAAUGUUGUCUGCUUGGUUUGGUCGUAUAUAAUGAUAAAGAUUUGGUCCAGAAGAACCACUGCUGGGGGUGCUCCUUGGUGGACAUAUUGGAGCGCAGGCAUUACUAACACUAUUGGUCCAGCCAUGGGGAUCGAGGCUUUAAAGUAUAUCAGUUACCCUGCCCAGGUCCUGGCAAAAUCCUCGAAAAUGAUUCCAGUCAUGUUGAUGGGCACUUUAGUUUAUGGUAUAAGAUACACCAUUCCGGAGUAUUUAUGUACUUUUCUUGUUGCUGGAGGGGUGUCUACAUUUGCAUUAUUGAAGACUAGCUCAAAGACAAUUAGCAAGCUGGCACAUCCAAAUGCACCCCUUGGAUAUGGUCUUUGUUUUUUGAACCUUGCAUUUGAUGGGUUUACAAAUGCUACUCAGGAUUCGCUGACUGCAAGGUAUCCAAAGACCACUGCCUGGGAUAUAAUGCUGGGAAUGAACUUAUGGGGUACCAUAUAUAAUAUGCUCUACAUGUUUGGAUGGCCACAGGGGAUAGGAUUUGAGGCAGUUCAAUUCUGUAAGCAGUAUCCUGAGGCAGCUUGGGACAUUUUUCUCUAUUGCCUCUGUGGUGCAGUGGGGCAGAACUUCAUCUUUUUAACCAUAAGCCGAUUUGGCUCCCUUGCUAACACCACCAUCACCACAACCCGUAAGUUCGUGAGCAUCGUGGUCUCUUCAGUGUUGAGUGGCAAUCCCCUGUCAGCAAAACAAUGGGGAUGUGUAGCCAUGGUCUUCUCAGGAUUGUCAUACCAGAUCUAUCUCAAGUGGAAAAAGUUGAAGAAACUGCAAAAGAAGAAAAAGGCUACAUGAAGAAGAGGGACAGUAACAUUUUUGUACUUUUAGUAUUUCUUUUCUUUUUCGUUUCCUCUAAUUUUUAUCUCCGCCUUAUUUCAUAUUGUAUAUGGCUAUUGUAGCCAGAAAGGUUUGAAUGGUUUCAAAUAUAGGCAGCAGCUAGGAAUUUGAUAAAUGUAAUCAAAAUAGAUCCUAUACUGAAAUGACAAGUUAAUGUUAAACUCACGACUUUGCUAUUCUGGCGAAUGGUCUAAAAUUGGGCCGGCCGCCAGUUCAAUCCGAAUUGUAGCUCGGGGAUUCUGGACUUCAGCCAGUGAUA